AUCUGGUCGAAGCCGCCUUCUUCCUCUGUUCCUACGAGCUGUCCAUCAGGUCCGUCCACUCUCCGUGGUGCUUCCUGUUCGACAAGAGCGACGCAAAGGUUCUGGAGUACCAGUCGGACCUGAAGCAGUACUGGAAACGCUCCCACGGUCAUGUGAUCAGCAGUCUGUCCAGCUGUCCUCUGUUCCAUCACAUCUUCAGGACGCUCGAUAAAGCCGGACGUCCUCGCAGGUCCACGGAUGCGUCUCCAGAGCCGGCCUCCAUCUUGGUGGGGCACGCUGAGACGCUCCUCCCCCUCCUCUCCCUGCUGGGACUCUACAAGGACGAGACUCCGCCCACAGCCAGCAACUACCAAUCACAGCACGGUCGGACUUUCCGGACGAGUCGGAUCGUCCCGUACGCCGCCAACCUGCUGUUCGUGCUGUUCGACUGCCAGCGAGGCCCGCGGCUGCAGCUGCUCGUCAACGAGUCGCCGGUUCGAUUCCCGGGGCUGCAGGCGGAGGACGCGCCGCUGUACCGUGACGUCCGCGCCGCCUACCGCCACCUGCUGGACGGCUGCGACUUCCACAGGGAGUGUGAGGGGAGAAGCGGGGGCCGCGGCCCCAACACCGAGCUCUGAGGGCCCCGGCCUCCGGACCGCCGCAGCCUUAAUGCACCUGUCGGACCAAGCCCCGCCCCCUCACAGCCACUGUCCAAUCACAGGCUGACGCAGCUGUUGUUUAACCCUCUGAACCCUGGUCCUUCACUGAGGUUCAUGUUUCAACAUAAAGUCCUGCAGCUCUGAGGAACCAG